ACUACAGCAGCUCUUACCAAGACAUCGCUGCCACAAAUGGAGAAUCUGUCUUUUAAAAGAUGUGAUCUAUUCAUCAAAUAAUCAGUUUGUUUGCUUUCCGUUGGGACUUCCUGUCUGCUUUGAGUUUCUUUAAGGCUUUGCCCUUGUCAUGGUAAAUCAGAGGAAGCGCUACCUUUAUGCAUCCAUGGCCGAAACUGAAGAUAUGCAACUAAAGGAUUGUAUCGCCCUCUUUGUCUACACCUUCACCUUUCUGCUGGGCCUUCCUGCCAACCUGCUGGUCCUAUUUGUGUAUGUCCGCAAGGCCUCCAAGCAUGGUGCCACACCCAAUGUGGUCUACGCCCUCAACCUUUGCCUGGCCAACCUGGUGCUUGUGGCCUGGAUGCCCAUCAAGGCGAUGGAGACUUUGCUUCAGGACUGGAAGUUGCCAGCACCCAUCUGCCUCAUCUACAGCUUCUUCCUCUUCUCCUCUGUGUACGGCAGCUGUCUGUUCAUCACCGCUGUGACAGUGGGUCGUUACCUCAGCAUCGCAUUCCCAAUUAUCUACAAGAGAUACCGCCGUGCUCGACUCUCUUGCUUCAUCAGUGUUGCCCUGUGGGCUGUGGUGCUCAUCCACCUCAGUUUUGCUCUGGUGGCCGAAGGAGGGGCUAACUUUGUCUCCGUUAAGGGUGACAUCUCAGUCUGCUACGACCACUUCAACGCCUCCCAGCUGGCUGUCCUGCUGCCUCUACGCCUGGAGAUGGCCAUUGUGUUGUUUAUCGUGCCUCUUAUAGUGACGUCUUUUUGCACGUUGCGCUGCGUUACCCUGGUGUGGCACUCAAAUUUGCGUCCUAUUGGAAAGAAAAGAGUCUUGACUGUUGCACUUACGACACUGGCAGUGUUUGUGGUGUGCUAUGCACCGUACAACGCCUCGCACAUUGUAGGGUUUGCGUUGAAGGAAAAUAUAGACUGGAGGACAUACGCUAUGUUGACAAGCUCCUGUAAUGUUUUCCUGGAGCCUGUGGUCAUGCUGAUGCUGUCGCCAGCAGUGUCCAGGGGAGUCAUGGGAAGAAUGUGCGGACGGCAAAGCCAGUUCAGUCACAUUGAAGGGUUUCGGCAUCGAUGUAACAGUGCUAAAGGUGCUGCAAAUGUCAAGGGACCACCAACACUAUCUGAGAAGAGCCAGGCAGGGGCCGAGGUGACUAAAGAAAGUCAGGAGUGAGGUCACAAUGGGUGGCGACUUCAGGAGAAAUAGGAUAUCAACAUUGAUGGAUAGUCUGCUAGAAGCCGUCACACUGUCAUCAAGUUAUGACUUCCCUUUUUUCUUCAGAUCAAAUGUUUUUAGAGAAAAAAAAUAGAUGACAAAAGGUGUUUUUGAAAUGUUCAUGUGUCCCAUGUUGUGUCAGUAUUUUGGCAGAUGACUCCCCACAGAGGGACGAGCUAAAGGGACCUGGAAAUGUUUGUGUUUUUGUAAACUUUAGGAAGCUCGGUAGAAAUGUUAUUUUUCAAACUCCAUAAUUCAACAAGUCUUAAUUUUUAUACAGUCUGUGAUCUCUUUACGUCAGUUAGUUUGGUGGCAAAUGGCUCCAUCUAGUGUUUUUUCCUGUUAGUGCUGCAAGCUGUAUCAAGGUUCAAAACAUGUCAUGACAUCUCUUGGAAAGUGUUUUCGAAUGCAGAUAUAGAUAAGGACAUUUUCUAGAUUCAAAGACAGACAAACCUGCGAGCAGAUCCUUUGACUUGUAACUAAUAAAGAAUGAUUUUUCCAUGACUCACUGACACGAAAUAGAGCAUGUACAUUCAUUGAUUGGUUUCUGAACAUGUUAAUUAGUUUUCUCUAAUUUACCAUAGUUCUCCUUCAAAAGAAGCUAUGGUGUUUACAAAUGUAUUGUG